UCCAGUCUGUGGUAAGAAGCUUCAUCUCCAAAUAGGAUGACCGUCGGCUUUUGUGGAAGGGACCGCAUUCAGAUCCGUAGCUAGUUCUGGGACCUCCGGUUCGUUCAGUCGCCAGAGGGGAGUUUAAAAGCCGAAACGUCGGGUUUCUUUUUCUUCCUCCCGCUUUUCUCUCUAGUGUGGAUUUCCGAUGGAUAUUCCGAGGUGCGAUUCGAGCGCGGCAUGUAACUAAAAAAGAAGCGCAUGAGAAAAAGUAGCGCUCGUGUUGUUAUUCCGAAACGAGCCCCGUCUGAACCGCUUUGGAGAUCCCUACCUCAUGGAUUACUAACGAACCGAGCUGUGAAACCACUCCGAGGCGCAUCUAUUCAUGAGCUGAAGGCGCACAACUGCUGUCUCCGGCUCGCCGCUUGCAGCGUGACAUCGCUGAUCGUGCAGUCGGGGAAACGCUCGCGGCGGCGGCAGCAGAGAGAGGAUGGCAACGGGCACACAAUGAGGCACAGAUAGAGAUUGUAUCGCACCUUGUAAAAAACAACAACUCCCGAGCACACCUAUUAUGAGGAGGCAGGAGGCUGCGAGAUGCGAGAGCGGCGCCAGAUGGAUGCGGCGACAGAAAAGCAUCACACCUUGUAUUUCGCUCCCUGCAGGCCACCCGCUCAUAUCCUGUGUCUGCUUUUUCCAGUUUGGCUGCGACGAGACGAAGAAGAACAAAACAAAUAACAGCUGCAUAAGCCGAGGUAGAUCUGUAGCAGAGGACCAGCAGCACCAGCAGCAGCGGCGGCGGCGGCGGCGGCGCCAGCGUUGGUGCCACCAUGAGGUCAGAGGCCUUGUUGCUCUACUUCACGCUGCUGCACACAGCCGGGGCGGGCUUCCCCGAGGACAGCGAGCCAAUCAGCAUCUCACACGGCAACUACACCAAGCAGUACCCGGCGUUCGUCGGCCACAAGCCGGGCAGGAACAACACGCAGCGGCACAGACUGGACAUCCAGCUCAUCAAGAUCAUGAACCGGACGCUGUACAUCACCGCCAGGGAUCACAUAUACGCGGUGGACAUGGACACUGCCAACAGUGACGAGAUCUUUUUCAAUAAGAAAUUGACAUGGAAGUCCAGACAGGCCGAUGUGGACACUUGCAGAAUGAAAGGGAAGCAUAAGGACGAGUGUCACAACUUCAUCAAAGUCGUCCUGCAGCAGAAUGAAGACACCUUGUUUGUGUGUGGGACGAAUGCCUUCAACCCCUCCUGUCGGCCCUUCAAGCUGGACACCCUGGAGGCUCUGGGGGAGGAGAUCAGCGGGAUGGCGCGCUGCCCGUAUGACGCCAAGCACUCCAACGUCGCCCUCUUUGCUGAUGGCAGACUGUACUCGGCCACCGUGACAGACUUCCUGGCGAUCGAUGCGGUCAUCUAUCGUAGCCUAGGAGACAGCCCGACUCUGCGCACUGUCAAGCACGACUCCAAGUGGCUGAAAGAGCCCUACUUCAUCCAGGCGGUCGAUUACGGGGGCUUCAUCUACUUCUUCUUCCGGGAAAUUGCGAUGGAGUACAACACAAUGGGGAAGGUGGUGUUUCCUCGGGUGGCCAGGGUCUGCAAGAACGACCGCGGCGGCUCGCCCCGCGUCCUGGAGAAGCAGUGGACCUCGUUCCUCAAGUCUCGCUUGAACUGCUCCAUCCCCGGCGACUCCCACUUCUACUUCAACAUCCUGCAGGCCGUGACCGAUGUCAUCCGCGUCAACGGGAGGGACAUCGUGAUGGCGACCUUCUCCACGCCGUACAACAGUAUUCCAGGGUCGGCGGUGUGCGCCUAUGACAUGGCGGAGGUGGCCAACACGUUCACCGGGCGUUUCAAGGAGCAGAAAUCCCAAGACUCCACAUGGACGCCUUUUCCUGAAGACAGGGUUCCCAAGCCAAGGCCUGGCAACUGCGCCGGCAUCCCGUCCAUGGAGAGGUACAAGUUCUCCAAUGAGUUCCCCGACGACACGCUCAACUUCAUCAAGACGCACCCGCUGAUGGACGAGGCGGUGCCCUCCAUCGCCAACAGGCCCUGGUUCCUCAAGACCAUGGUCCGGUAUCGCCUGACUCGCAUCGUGGUGGACACUGAAGCCGGUCCCCACAGCAACCAGACCGUGGUGUUCCUGGGAUCGGAGAAAGGCAUCGUCGUCAAGUUCCUGGCCAACAUGGACAGCGGCUUCCUGAACGACAGCGUGUUUCUAGAGGAGCUCAACGUCUACAACCCGGACAAGUGCAGCAUCGACGGCGUGGAGGACAAGCGCAUCGUCGGCAUGCAGAUGGACAGCAGGAGUCACGCCCUGUGGGUCGCCUUCACCUCCUGUGUGGUUAAAGUGCCGCUGUCUCGCUGUGAAAGGCACGGGAGAUGCAAGAAGUCCUGUAUAGCUGCCAGAGACCCGUACUGCGGUUGGGUGUCAGAAGGAUCCUGCAAACAGGUGUUUGAUAACACAAAAUCGGCCUUUGAGCAGGACGUGGAGCACGGCAACACAGAUGGCCUGGGAGACUGCCAAAACACCUUCGUGGCGCUGAACGGCCACCACCACCGCCACCAUCACCGCACCCUCCCCACCUCGGCCCCGCCCGAGGGCCCCCUGGGGCGGGGCCGCAUGGUGGAGCGGAAGGACCCCCCCAUGAGCUCAGACAAAGGGGAGGACCCCUACGUAGCCGUGCCCUCUCAGUCCCAGCCCGAAGCCAAUGGUGUCAUCCGUGAGAGCUACCAGAAGGGUCGCGACCAGCUGGUUCCCGUGACCUUGCUGGCCAUCGCCGUCAUCCUCGCCUUCGCCAUGGGCGCCGUCUUCUCUGGCAUCGUCGUCUACUGCGUCUGCGACCACCGGCGGCGGGACGUCGACCUGACGGGCCGCCAGGAGAAGGACAACCGCCACCUCCACUCCCGCCGCGGCUCCAUGAACAGCGUGACCAAGCUGACGGGCCUGUUUGAGACGCAGGCCAAAGACGGCUGCCCCGAGGCCAUCCUCGCCCCUCUGAUGCACAACGGGAGGCUGACGCCCAACGGGAAGAUGCUGAUCAAAGCGGACCAGCACCACUUGGACCUCGCCGCUCUGCCGACGCCAGAGUCCACCCCCAUGCAGCCGCGGCGUAAACCGGGCCGGGGCAGCCGGGAGUGGGAGAGGAACCAGAACCUCAUCAACGCUUGCACCAAGGACAUGCCGUCGAUGGGCUCGCCCGUCAUCUCCAUGGACCUGCCCCUGAGGGCCUCGCCGGGACACAUCCCCAGCGUGGUGGUCCUGCCUCUGCCGCAGCAUCAGCACCAGCUCCCGCCUCACCUGCAGCAGCAUCAGUCCUACCAGCACGAGUACGUGGAGCAGUCCCACCACAGCGACCUGGGCGUGGGCCCCGGCGUCGUGGACGACCAGGGGGCCACCCUGGAGUACAAGACGGUCAAGGGCCCCUGUCACAACCUCGGCACGGUGGACCCGGACGGGGUGCUGCCGCCACGCGUGCCCCAGCGAGAGGCCUCGCUCACCAUCCCCACCCCGGCCGUCCCCCAGAUGGGCAAGCGCCUGGAGGUCCACUCGUCGGUCUACGGGCUCCGGAAGGGAUCGGCGUCCGGAGCGUCCGGCUCCUCCGCCCUCAAGAGGCACAACACCAACUCGUCCAACUCCUCCCAUUUGGCGAGGCAUCAAAGCUUCAACCGCGUGGAGACUCCGCCCCCUGCGCCUCAGAGGGUGGACUCCAUACAAAUGACAGCACAGGGCAUAUCUCUGUCCCGGCAGCCUGGGAUGAGCUCCUACGGGUCCCUGCCUCGAACGGGCAUCAAGUAUCUGAAGCCCGACGUCCCCCCCAAACCCUCCGUAGUCUCACUCUCCACAAAAGUCAAGUCCGGUGACUCCUGCACAUAGUCAGCUCCUUGUCCGGUCGGUCCAAUGUGAACAGCAGUGAAAGGGUUCUUUUUCCAAAACGAGAGAAAAAAACUGGGAAUACUGUACAACUUGCAUCUCUUUUUAGUGUUUUUUUUGUUUGUUUGUUUGUUUUUGGUGUACAGUACAGUGCGACACUUUAUUUUAUUUUUUUAAGGAAACCACUUUCUUUUUAUAUAAAUAUGUACAUAUUAUACAACAUGGUUGUGGUCAUUUGUUUCUCGUCGACUCCCCCCCCCCCACCACGCGUGCGCUCCUGAAGCAGAAGACGAUGCUUCAUCCCGACGGCGCCCUGUAGCAUCCGAGACGGUGGCGCUCUUGUUUGUGCUGUCCUUGGCCAACCGGGACUUGAUACCUUUAUCACGCUGAUUUGAAAAAAAGAAGAAGAAGAAAGGAAGAAAAAAAAGCACACAAGACGACAGCGCUGGGGGUUCGGAGAGUUGUCCAGAACCCCGAGGACGAGGGAAUCUGAGGGAGCGAGCGCUCAGAGCUCGGACUGAAACGGACUGUGAAAAAGCCUCUCAGUGUUACAGCAAUCAAGUCCCGCCCGGGCCAGAGGAAAUCUUCUACUGUACUGGUUACUGAAUAACUCAUGACUGUUAAUACUAAUAGCUUGUUGUAUUUAUUUUUAUUAAGUGCUUUUGGAAAAAAAACUAAACUUUCUAGGCUCGGAGAGAGAAAGAGAGAGAGGGAGAACAGAGAAGAGAUCUUUUAAUAUUGAUGAAUCAAGUGAGGGGGGGGGGGGGGAGGAAUAAGUGUAUUUAAAGUCAUUAAACUGGAGCCCGUAGAACUUUCUCGAAGGCUGAAGGUCCACUCGGUCUCAGUGGGACCUGCAGCGUGAGACGUGUGCGAGGAGGAGAUAUUUAUUGAAACUGUGCCAGACGGGGAGACUUUUACUUCCGUGGACCAGAGUUCCCUUUUAGACCAAUCACGGACAACAACAAAACUUCCCCCUUCCCCCCCAAUCAGCACUGUGGUUAUUUUGCGUGAGUCGGUAACAUUCGUCCCGAUUGGCCGCCGGCUAACCGGCGCCGUCUGAGCUCGCUGUUGCAUGACGCAAAUCUAAAGAGACGCAACUUGCGGUACGUCGGUGCGGGGCGUCUGAGUGGGCGGGGCGCCGACGAGCAGGCGGGAAAAAAGGUAAAAGAACAAAAACACCUGGCCUGCUUCUUUUUCCACAUGUACAUUUGUGCCUUACACCCUAAAGUAGUGACGACGUUUUUCCUUUAAUAGCUGUUGACUUUGUCUCCUCGUAGUGUUUUCUUAUUUUUCAUCUUUCUUACGUCAUGAUAUUUCCCGGGUUUGAUAAAAAUGCAAUUAAAGAAUGUAGGUGUUAUUGUUGUGAUUUCUGGUCCCAAGACAUAACACACACGGACAGUCCGGAGGGAGGAGAGGAAGGAGGGCUUCUCACACACACACACACACACACACACACUCAUCUUUGUGGUUCAUUUCUGAUUGUGCCAUUAAUGCGCUUAAAGCAACCCGUUAUGUUGUGCUGGCAGUGUCGAUGAAGACGUUGUGAGUGUUUUCAAUUUGUUCUUUUAUACGAUUUAAAAGCCCUGGUGUUUGUUUUGUUUGCCGUCUGUUGGUUUGGAGCGGCGGUUGAUUGACCCGAUUAACCGCACAAGUGACACGUGUUCCUCGAGAAGGCCGGUGUCCGGGUGUCUUUCUGGACACUGCAGUAAUAAUGCAGCGCUAGGCCGCACUCUCACGCGGCUCUCGGCUCUCCGUGUGCUAAGCGACGCUCGCUGGUUAGGCCGUCGCGCAAAACAGGCUGGUUCCUGUGAAGAAAGUUGACGUUUCGAAAAACAAACAAAUAAUCUAAAAGAAAUGUAAUUUAUUGAACCCCCUUUUUUUGUUGUUGUAAGACACAAGUUUGAGGAAGCUUAGUUUUCAUUUGGCUUCACUAACUCCUUAUCAAAGCCUCCGUGAAUGGCCGAGUUUGACUAACCUGACCCCGUUUUUAUUUCCGCUGUCACGUUCCCUUUUUCCUUGAGGAUUUGUAUUGAUCACCAUCCCAACCCCCCCAACACUAAAAUCAACGGAGCACUCCCUUAGUGUUGUAUGUGUAGAUAGAUAAAAAUGUUUCUUGAUGUCAAGCAAUUUUCUGUUUCUCGAUGGACUAUGUCUCGAUCCACAGCGAACACGAGAAGCGACGCGUGCACUUCCGGGCGGGGUCAAGGGGUCACGGGGCACCAGAGUGGGACAAGGCGAGAGUAAGCUGUCCCUUUCAGACAGUUAUCCCCCCCCCCCCCCCUCUUUACUUAAAAACGCUAUGAUCUUCAAAGUGAGGAUCUGCCGAGGUUAUUUUCCGAAGGGGGCGUGUUUACUCCAGGAGGCCACUCCCUCGUGGAGGGGCACUGGGCACGGCGCUACUGUAGGACACGCGUGACGUCGUCGGAUUUGGACAUUCUUACGACCGGACUGGGGUAUCGACUGUGACGGCUGCUGUGGACAGUGAUGUUCUUUGGUGUGUGCCUUUUUUGUCUUUCACCCUUGUUAUGAUACACUGCUGUUGGAUGCAAAUCGACUCUCUUCUCAACCUUUUUGAACUUUAUAAACUUGUAAGAUAUUGUGAUGUCACAAAGUUUUUUGCCCUACUCUCUCCACUUCCUUAACAUCUGAUUCACAGCUUAAUGUAUGUUGUAAAGAAGAAGAAAAAACUCUUUAAUUUAAUGCAAAAUGUAAUAAAAAAAACAAAAAAAAGGAAAUAAAAUUCUUGUCAUGAA